UUCGUAUACGUCUACGGGUAAUGGAGGAGUAAUUAUGUUAAUUAUAUUAAUAAAAUGAUGAUUACUGGACGCCAGCAUUAUCUCGUAUUAACGCUCAAUCGAGUAUUUAAAAUUAAUAUUAUUUUUGUUUUGAUUGUUUUUUACCAUAUGUAUUUUAAUUAUUAUUAUUUUGUGGUGUAAUUUGUACGGUUUUUCAAUUUUUGUGACAUUUUUUACGCCUAUUCUGGAGGACAGAGCAUGCUGGUAGUAUUCUUCACUAAGCAAGGUAUGAAAAUGUAUCAGUAAUAAUGGAACGUUCCUCCUAUUCGUUGAUAUUUCUCACACGUACUCGUAUAUACGAGUAUUUUGCAAUUAUCUUGGGCACCCAUCGUGACAUCCCCCUCAUAUAUGGACGCUGCAUCUCCAGCCAGUGCCCCGUCAUCCACGCCGAUUGAUGCUGGCCGUGACCUUUACGGAUGCUGCCUCUGACACGCUGCUGUUCCUCACUACCACCCUCCAUUUAAUCGGAUGCUGCUAUUCCCUACCUUUUCUCAAUGCCUCCGCGCAGACCAUCCACCUCCGCCGCGUCCGCAGCCCCGGCACGGAUGACCUUGCCGACGCCCUGCAGCUCAGCUACACCAUCGACAUGUUCGGCGCCAGCUACAAACUGCAGCUGCAGCAGGCCGUCGUGGCCGCCGCGGACCUGCAGCUCAGCUAUAUGAGCCCGGCCGGGCAGUUGAGCCGGCUGGCGGUCAGCGCGGCACAACGGGCCUGCCACUACCGCGGCACCGUCACCACCUGCCAGCCGGCCACGCGCCGCUGCUAUCAGGGGCGGGCGGCGUUGAGUCGUUUUGCGCAGGGGGUGCGCGGCGUCCUGAAGAUCGGCGGGGAGGAUAUCCUCAUUGAGCCGCUGCCCGAGACGCUGCUGGCGCGCCGGAUGAGAUUUAGCAGCGUGCACAUCGCCCGUCGGCGCCUCACAUCCGACUCGCGCGGGACGGACGCCGGUGACGAAAUGGAGGCAGACCCGCAGCGCUUCGACGUGCUGGACCAGCUGGCCAACGCUCUGCACCUGCACCCGCUGCGCAUCACGCCCAUCACCGUCACGCCACCCGACAGCCUCCAAGUGCAGGUGGCCGCCCUCGUCGACACGCCCAUGCUGCGCAAACUGGCCAAAGUCUUCGCCGACGUCAAUGACCAGGUGACGCUGGUGUUGGCGGCGUACAACGCGGUGAACAUGCUGUACGACGACGCGUCGAUCGGCGCGAUGAAGGUGCGGCUGGCGGUGAAGCGCGUGCACCUGGACGACAGCGGGAGUAUGCCGCGCAGCGAAAAGGUCACCGAUUACUUGAGCGAUCUGUGCCGGCGCUACCAGCGCGAACUGUUGGCGCGGCUCGGUCUGGCGCGCGCCGACUGGGACCUGACCACGGCGCUGACCGGGCUGGACGUCUACGCCGACGCCGCCGACGUCACGCGCGACGCCGCCUACCGGAACUUGAAGGGGACGGCCCGCAAGAUCUUCACCGUGUCGGGAGUGUCGUACGGCGGCGGGAUGUGCAGCGUGGAGAAGAACUGCAUGGUGACGGAGUUUGCGCUGAUGUUCGGGAACAUCGAGACGAUCGCGCACGAGACCGGGCACACGCUGGGCAUGUACCACGACGGCAGCGGCAACCGCUGCGACCGCCGCGGCAACCACAUCAUGUCCAUCCAGCAGCCGCAGCGGCAGCGCGCCGGCUGGUCCCGCUGCAGCACCGACAGCCUCCAGCACUUUGUCGUCAACGGCCACGCCCACUGUCUCAUCAGUAAACCGCCCCGCGACUAACUGCCCUCUCGCUCAUGUUAAUUUGUACUGAUUUGCACAUCGGCAAAAAAUGUAUAUAAAUAUACCUACAGAUC